CAAGUACUCCGAACAGACUGAUAGCUUCAUAAAACCAGAAACAUUCAGUAUUGGUGAACAUUCUGCCUUGAGUAAAAAAAAAACAUCUGAGCAACCUAUCAUGGUUUUUAAGAAAGCUAACAUUCAGGUCAUUCCCUUACGGAAACUUCUGAAAAAUAUUUUGAACUUCCCAAUGUAUUCCAGAUUGCUCAGGAUUAUAUAUCUGAUCAGGAAUCUGCUUCUAUUGAUGUACUUCAGAGUUUAUUUCAAGGAUCAUUAUGGAGAAAAAUUAGACCAAAAUUCAAAAACAAAAUAGUUUUUCCUCUUUAUAUGUAUUUUGAUGACUUCGAAUGCUGCAACCCACUUGGCUCAAAAGCAGGUGACGACUUAGGACUUAACUCGAUAUUGGGAUUCAAUGAAAGUUUUCAAGCUAGUUUUUUCUGCAGAUUCUGUAAAACCCCUAACGAGAUGACAAAAAUUCAAACUGUAGAAGAUUUGUAUUCAUUAAGAACUCAAAUAAAUUAUGAAAUGGACAUGAAGAGUAAAAGUUUUGGCAUAAAAGAAGAAUGUGUCUUCAACUGUUUACCAUCUUACCAUGUUAUAGAUAACUGUAGUGUAGAUUUGAUGCAUGAUAUGCUUGAGGGAAUCUUACGUUACGAUAUGGCUCAAGUUCUAUACUAUUUGGUCGACAAAGGGUAUUUCAGCCUUGACAACUUGAAUGAGAGAAUCAGAUUUUUGAAUUUCUCAGAAGUGGAUAUUGGGAAUCCCAUACCCCCUAUUAAAAUAAAAAAUAUAAAAAAAUAAAUAUUUAAUACUGAGUGCUUCCGAAAUGCUGGCUUUUGUCAACUUUUUCGGUGUUUUAGUUGGUGAUUUGGUGCCAGAAGGAGAUGUAGUUUGGGAAUUCUUCAUAAAUGUAUGGCAAAUAUUAAACAUUUUGUUGAAUCGCUCUAUAUCUGUUACAACUGUAGAACAUUUGAAGUAUUUAAUUGAAAACCACAACAAAGAUUAUUGUGAGUCAUUCAAUGACACACUAAAACCUAAGCAUCAUAUUCUGUUACAUUUUCCCACUAUAAUUUUGAAAAUUGGUCCACCAAGACUAAUAUGGUCUAUGAGAUUUGAAGGAUUUCAUAAGAAACUUAAGAUUUUUGCAGAUUCUGUCACAAGCAGAAAAAACAUAAUUGUAACCCUAUCUUUAAAACAGCAACUACGAUUAUCUUGCAGACUAUUGAGUUCUAUUGACAUCAUUGAUACUGUUUCACAUGGUCCCUCCGAGACUGACAUCUCAUUGCAUCCAGAUCAUGAAAUAUUCAAAAAACUAUUUCACAAAAACGAUAUAGAACUUAUUGAAGACAUAUCUUUCAUUCUUGCCUGGAUCAAAAUUAAUAAUUUAAUGUACAAGCCAGGUUUUAGCUUACUAAUUGCGAGUGGGGAAAUGCCUGAAUUUGGGGAAAUAAAAUUUGUUUUGAAUAUGGGAGAUGACACAUUUUUUAUUGUUUGUCCAGUUAUAACUAUUGGCUUCAACUUGCAUAUACAAGCUUACGAAAUCAAACCAACAAUAAAUAUCAGUAAUGAAUUGGUUUUGAUCUCCUCGAGGAGCAUGCUUGAUAGAACACCCUACAAUAUUCAUCAAAUGGCAGAUGGCACGUCUGUUGUUUUCG